AUGGCGGAACCUUCAGAGAAUGGACAGACGAUCAGCGCUGACGAGAUCGCCCUGUACGACCGACAGAUUCGCCUCUGGGGAGUUCAGGCGCAAGAGAAGAUCCGGUCUGCAAAUAUCCUCCUUGUCACCGUGAAAGCCCUCGCAAAUGAGGUAGCAAAGAACCUCGUUUUGGCCGGCAUUGGCUCACUCACGAUUGUCGACCAUGAACCCGUCACCGAGGCGGAUCUGGAUGCGCAAUUCUUCCUGGAGGAAGCGCACAGGGAUGAGGAAAUAAUCAAACAGGGCAAGAAACGCGCCGAGGUCGCCGGUCCUCAAAUCCACAAGAUGAACCCUCGCGUCAAACUGAACAUCGACACCGAUGACAUCCGCACCAAGCAGCCAAACUUCUUCGCCCAAUUCGACGUGACCAUCGCCACAGAACUGGACUACGAAACCAACACCACAAUCAACGCAGCCUGCCGCCUAGCCAACAAACCCUUCUACGCCGCAGGCCUCCACGGCUUCUACGGCUACGUCUUCGCGGACCUAAUCUCACACGACUUCGUAAUCGAGCGCGCCAAAUCCAACGUCCCAUCACAACACCAAGAAACCCCCACCCGCAGCAUCGUCAAAGUAACAACCAAGAAAGAAGGCGACAAGACCAUCGAACUAGUCACCAAGCGCGAAACAUACUCCCCGCUCCUCCUCGCAAACACAUCCCCCCUCCCAGAAGACUACAUUCGACUCCCACGCCGCCGCAAGCAAGUAACGCCCCUUCUUUCCUGCCUGCGCGCGCUAUGGGAAUUCGAAAAACUCUCCGGAGGUCGGAAACCCACCUUCUCCCACGCCGACUUGGAAAGCUUUACCAAGCUUGCGCGCGAAGUGCAUCAGCAACUGAAGCUCGACAUGGGUCUUUUGGAUAGCGCGUUUUUGCGCAACUUCCUCCAGAAUCUAGGGUGCGAGCUUAGUCCUGUUGCGGCGUUCCUCGGCGGGUCGCUGGCGCAGGACGUUAUCAAUGUUCUCUCGGCGCGUGAGCAGCCAUUGCAGAACAUGCUACUUUUCGAUGGGGAGAAGUCCAUCGGGCCGAUUUACCCGCUUCAUCCUUUCUUCCCGCCGGAGAUGGGGAUGGAGAGCUUGGGGGCCGUGCCGCCGGUUGGGAAUCCGAUUCCUGUGGAUGUGGAUGUUGAUGCGGUGAAUGUGGAUGCGGAGCCUACGACUAUCUCGUGA